AUGGAGAAGUACCGCGUAUUUGGCGACGAGAGCACCGGCGUUCACCCGUUCAUUCCCGUCGCGUACAUGAAGGCGCAGGUGUCUCCUCCUCCCACCUCCUUUGUUGCCCGGGUGGCCGCCGCCGGCGUCUCUCUGGUUUCUCUUCUCCUCACGAAUUUUCUGGUGGGUCUUCGGCUUCUCCUGCUUCUCUCCGCCGCUCUGCUGGCGAUCACCCUGCAGCAAAUCCUCCUGGUUUUCUCCCCGCUUCCUUCGCUUCACUGGAUCCUCUCGCUCUGGGUGCUCGCCCUCCCGGCGCGGGUCGCGCUCCUGGCUCUCGGCGUCUGGCGACUGGACGAACAGAGCGCAGAUUUCCGCCGCUUGAAAAUCCGCGCACCACCGCCGAACGCGCCUGCGCCGUGGUCCACCUUUCUGGCUCUCCCUGCGUCUCCUACGCUCCCGGCGGGGGCUUCGAGUGAGGCGAAACGGAUCCGCAGCUGCCGCGUGUGUCUCUCCAACUUCACGGGCCUCGUGGAGCCUCUCUAUCUCUUCUACCGCCUCGCCCCCCAGUUCGUGCUUCUCCAUGAACAGGGGGGAUUCUCUUUCUGCUCAGUCUGGGCCAUGCUCAAGUUCAGCAUGCAGUUCCGGCUGGCCCCAGGGAAAGGCGCGUUUCGGUCGCUGUCUGCUUUGCUGCUCGCCCACCAGAAGAGCUCGUCCUCGCGGAUUCCCCUCGUCAUUUUCCCUGAGGGACAAAAAAGUAACGGCACCUGCAUUCUCCAGUGGACAGCUGCGGGGGCGGCCGCCGGAAAGGGCGAACGCGAGAGUCUCUCUUCUGGUUUUGAUACUGCGGCGCUCCAGCUCCUCGACGGCCGCAUUGCGGAAGUCGGGUGUCUCUACACUGCACUGGCAACAGGCGGGCGAGCAGGAAGCCCCGCACGCGGCUCCGUGCCCUACGGCCCUCCACAUACGGUUCACUCGCCGCUCCGACACCUUCGCCUGUCGCUUGCCGAGCGCUCCCACGCAGUAGCGCCGAUCUGGGCGUCCCCGGCGGCAGUUCAGGCGUCUGUACAGCUGCAGAGUCGCGGUGCAUCUGCCGCCCCGCCGGAGGCAGUCGAAUGCCUGCGAGAAGUGAUGAUUCGCAUGCUUCCGGGCGUCACGGGAGUGCAGACCAAAGGCGGCGCAGAUCUCCAAGCCUUCAACGCGUACUGGGAGAAGACGCAGAAGGAACAGUACCUGAAGAGCCAGUGA